AUGGCUGCGAUAUACGAGACAGUCGUUCUCUUUGGCGACUCCAUUACGCAAGGCGCUUGGGAGCACAACGGCUUCGGUGCACGACUCGCACAUGCUUACGCGCGUCGAUCUGACGUUCUCAAUCGCGGUUUCUCAGGAUACAACACUGAGUGGGCUUUGCCCAUUGCGGAUACGAUCUUCCCCACGAGUUCCUCUGCAGUGACCGCACCCGUCCGCCUUGCGACGAUAUGGUUCGGCGCGAACGAUGCCUGUCUCAAGCCGUCGCCGCAGCACGUCCCCCUCGACCGCUUCCGGUCCAACCUUCACACGCUCAUCGAGCGCGUCCCGUCUGGCUCCGCCAUUGUGCUGAUAACCGCGCCUCCGGUGAACACACAUCAACGCGGUGCCGACCUUGCAUCGAGGGAUCCGCCGAAAGAGCUCGAUCGAUCUUUCGAUGUCACGAAGCAGUACGCUGAGGCGGUCAAGGAAGUGGGCAAGGAGAAGGGUGUACCGGUCGUAGAUGCUUGGACUGCACUAUGGGAAGCGGUUGGGAAGGAAGAGGCAAAACUUGACCAGGUGUUGUCGGACGGUUUGCAUCUGAAUGCCGCCGGAUAUGAGGUCGUCUUUCGCGCACUCGCAGAGACUUUAGAGCGCGAGUUUCCGGAACUCAAGCCUGAGAUGAACUGGAGAGAGUACAAGCAUCCCACAUGGGAUUGGUUCAGCCAGCAUGGUAUGGAAGGCUGGGAAGAAAGGAGGAAACAAGCUCCAUAA